AUGGAAUUUGAUAUUCCGUUACCAUUGAAUGAGAUACGACCUUCGUCAAAUCUCAUGAAGAGGCAUACCAAAAUCGCCAUUCUACUCGGACUACCAGAAGAUGAUAUUCAAAUACAACAUCUUUUUAGUACAGUGGCAACAAUUUGCGAUCCAUUUACACAACCAGAAGAAACUGAAAAGUCUGUGCUAAGCUUGGAUUGUUUAUCAGACGUACUUAUUGCAUUAUCAUAUACAUAUUUCAAAAACCACGAAUCCGAUGAGGAAAAUGAAAGCUUGAGGGACCCAGACAUACAAUCGGUGAAAUUUGCCCUCUCGGCCCAGUUCUUUACACUUUUAAGAUAUAUUCAGGCGUUGUUGAAUGCUGAUGAUGAGAUCCAACUCAGGUACGUUAAGAAUUCCGAAGACGUUUGGCUUAAAAAUUUGCCAAUAUGGACACCCAAGGAAGCCAUAAUGAGUGAUGAAUUUGCUCUAAAGCUUUGCUAUUCCAUAUCAUGUGUCCUCUUAUUCUCUAUAAACAAAUUGUUUAAACCAGAGAAUAAUGAACAAGAAUAUAACGUAGCAUUGAACCCAUACUUGCAAUAUUUCAUUAAGCUUUGGAAGUGUCAUACAAAUAUCAUAUUGUUGGGUUUAGAAAUCGAUCGCCGGUUGGAACUCGAGCAGGCCCAAUGUCCUUACAUGAUUACCCGUACAUUAAAGGGUUCUAGCUCAAUAAGAUACGUCUUAGCAUGGUCUUUAAACCAGAAUCCUUCACUGUUAGCAUUCCAUGGAUUUGAAACGCCUAGUCCUGAAGCAAAUAAGAGUUAUUUCGGUGGUCUCUAUGACAUAAAGUACUCAAGUUUACUUAAUUUCACUCAACCAAUGUCUCGUAAGAAAAUUAAUGGAGGUGCACUACUGAUAGACAUGAGAUUGGUUGUAGUUGCAUUAUUAAUCAUCAAUUCAGGUAUAUCUUUCACCGCUAGACAAGAGAAAUCUGAUGAUCUCGCAUUAGUAGCAGCAGAAAGAAUUAGCAAUCAAUCAACUCCAAUUGCAGAAUUGGGUGAUUUACUAAUUGAUUUGGAGUAUGAUGAUCAAUUUGAUGAAGAUAUACGAUAUAUUUUCGAAUGUGAAUACGAUGAAGUAGAAGAAGAAUGGCUGGGUGUUGUGGAAGAAGAAGAAGCUAAGAAAUUCCAAAAUAAAGAGGAGAUCUCAAAUCCACCAAAACUAAACGAAAAGGAAAGAAAAAUGUCUAAUGCAGUUCGAACAAAAGAUGAUAUUGACUUCGAUGAGUUUGGAAAUGAUUGGCGUGACUUGCCUCGUGGAGACAAUGUAUACUUUCAGGACUGGUUUAUUGAUAUGGUUAAUGCCUUUGAUAAUCUGCCAGAAUCGCAAAAAGGGAAUUCGGAUGAUAUUCUAUAUUGCUGGAGUGAAUUAAAAGAAAGUUUUGAUUUUCUCACCACCACAAGUAUAGAAGGUGACAGUGACGCAGAAGAAAAAUUUGGGCAGGUCGUCAUCAACACUGUUUCAAAGGCUAUUAAGGAUGAAUCUGAUGAUAAAAUUAAUGAUCCUGCGCUGGCUAAUACUCCCGAUGUUAUCUAUCAAUAUUUUUGUGAACUGGCAUCAGAAGAAGAUAUUCAAAAUACGCAGAACAAUAAUAGGCUCAUAGUCCCAAUUUUCAAUAUUACUAAAUUUGAAUUACUUUUACACAACAAUAGUAAGUUAGCAAGAUGUCUAAUGGAUGAAAUGCUUAUGUGUAAAGGAUAUCGUCGUGUAUUGAUUUGGUUCAUUACGCAUGAUGUCAAUUUGUCCACAUUAUUGAUCGAUUACAUUUUUGAAUUAUUAGCGGGUUUACGAGGAAACGACGAAAAACAGCGUCCUUACAAGCAUACUAGAAAAGGACAGAAGGUUGAAUUAAGUGAAGUUGAGCGACUGAUGCUUCUUCAUGAAUUUUUAACUAACAGUGGAAUAUAUUUAUCGGCGACCGAGGGCAUCGAGAUUGAUAAUGGAUACAAGGUGGUAUUAUCUGAGUCGAUUGCAAAGAAAUACAUGACACUUAUUUGUCUUAUGAUAAAUCAACUAAUCAAUAUUGGAAUCAUAAAUCUCGACAGAAAAUCCAUUACUAAUAAGGCGGAAGGUGAAGAAGAUAUUCAUGAUUACUCAACUGAUCUUCAAGUUCUUUUGAUUCAAUGGAUAGGUAAGCUACCAGAGGCUCGCGAACUCUUUUUUAAGAUUAAAAAAGCAAACUAUAAUGAUGAUGCAAUUGAUACGGAUAAUGUAACUGCUGAAGUCCCUACCCUAUCUACUAAUGAUGCAGAUGACCACCAAAAUGUUUCAAACCUCCUCGAACGCUAUAGGGAAAUGACAAGCGACCAAAUUAAUGAAGACUUGGGAAAGGAUCUGGCGAAUAUAGCGAUGCUUGUUGCAAUUAUAGAUCGGUUAGAGAAACAUGUCAAAACUGUUAUAGCGACCCAAUUACGUGAAGUCAGUCUUCUAGACGAAAACAUGAUUUCUACUGAUCUCGACCAAAUGUCCAGCGACUUCAAUCUUUUUCUACAAAAUUUCAACACCUUCUGCAAGAUAGACUUUUUCGCAGAAGAGCUAUUCGGUAUUCUUGAAAACCUUGCAACUACCGGAAGCUUCAUCGAGAAAAUUCCUAUGCUAACCGAAUUCGAUUCCGAAUUUAAUGAACUGUUCCUCAAUGGUGAAGGCAAGUUCAAUGACAAAAAAGAAGACGAAAAUGAGAGCAAAUCAUCGAAGAAGAAGAAGAAAAAGAAGAAGAAGAAAAAGGUACAAGUUCAUAUCUGGUAA